AUGUCCGAUAAGGCUCGAUUCUACCUAGAGCAGGGUCUUCCUGAGCUUCAGGAACUCGAGCGCAAGAAAAUAUUUACCAAAGAAGAAAUCCAAUCGAUCUCCCGAAAACGUUCGUAUCAUGAACAUCGCAUCGCCGCCGCUCGCUGCAAACCCGCCGACUUCCUUGCCUACGCAACCUACGAGAUGAAUCUCGACGCCCUUCGUCAAAAGCGCACGAAGCGCUUAAGUAUCCGUAUGAGGGGAGCUUCAAAUCAUCUCGGUUCCCGCCGUAUAUUCUUUAUCUUCCAACGGGCUACUCGUAAAUUCCAUGGUGACGUCCAGCUCUGGAAAACAUACGCCGAAUUCUGCAGGUCGCAAAAGUCUUAUGGGCUAUUGCGAAAAGUACUGGAUAGUAUGUUGAGACUACAUCCCACAAAGCCGGAUCUGUGGAUUUAUGCAGCGAUGGUUGCGGUUGAUGACAAUGAUAAUAUGGCGGAGGCUCGAAGUUACAUGCAGAGGGGAUUGCGAUUCGCGAGGCGGUCCUCAAAAGAAUUAUGGGUGGAGUAUGCGAAGUUUGAGUGUAUGUUCAUCGGUAAAGUGGCAGCGAAGACUGCUACGAUACUAGGACUGGAAACUGGAGACGCGCCUGAUCCCAAUGGGUUAAAUUUUGAUGACAUCGAGGAAGAUUCCAGCGUAACACUGGAAGGCGAUGAUACCGCAUUGUCGACAAUUACGGAAUCAGAGCUCAAUGGGGAAACGGAGCCUCCUCAAGAGGACGAGAAACUGAAACAGAAGCUCGCGGAACAAGCAAACAAGGAUGUUCUAGAAGGUGUCAUUCCGAUUAUUGUGUUCGAAGAAGCGAUCGAAGCAAUACCGAAUGACCCGUCACUUCCUAUUACAUUCUUUAAGCUAUUCGAAAAAUUCGGAGACCUAGCGUGUCAGAAAAAGUUACUAGCGUGUGUGGAUGUACACCUCAUGACAACCUACCCAACGGAUGCUGGUGCCUUGCUCUGCCAUGUGAGGGAGACAUUGGCAGGAAUUCAGGUUGCGGAUGCGGCAUUCCCUGCGGCAUUGAAAAUCGCGUUCAAAAGGUUCGGGGAGGCGAGGUCAAAAGCCGAAGAUAAGAAGACGGUUUACAAUGGGUUCGUGGGCAUUUUGGGCGACAUUCUUAGCAAAGGAAGCUCCGCAGAAGGUGGGUUGGACGAAAGUCUCGAGAAGGCUGUCAGACUAUUCCUGGGAAGGAUCAUCAAAUGGAGCCGGGAAGACCAAGUCGAGCUUCCGAAUGCAAGCCAAGUUGCUCAGUUCGCCUUGUAA